AGGCCUUCUCAAACCACUCUCGCUGACAUCUCGGCCUUCUGAGAUACUACCGGAUAGGCAGUCGGCAGCUGUACACCACUCGUCCCGGAAAGGCCACGGACAGCGACCGCCGGAACCUGCGAGCCGGCGCAGCCGCGCUUCAGGGAAAAUGACGGCGCUGACGACCACCUCCUCCACCCUCUCCGCCACGCUCCCUUUGGUUCCCAGGCCGCCGCCCCGUGCCCCCGUUGCCCGCCUGCGCCUCCGCUCCCGCCGCCGCGCCCUGCUGCGCUGCGACGCGGUGUCCGAGCUCGCCCCGGCCGCCUCAGCCGCCUACGGCGUACUCCUCCUUGGCGGUGGCGUCUUCGCAUAUGCGAGGUCGGGGAGUAAAGGCUCCAUCUACGGAGGGCUAGCUGGAUCUGCACUUAUGGGCAUUACCUAUUCUCUGAUGCAGUCACCUGAGACGAAGGCGGCAGGUGACGCUGUUGGAUUUGGAUCUGCCUUUCUAUUUGCCUGCGUGUUUGGUAUCAGGUUGUACAAUAGCCGCAAACUGGUGCCGUCUGGCCUUCUCCUCGCCCUUUCUCUUGGUGCCUUGGGUACUUUCUACUCCGCUUACCUGCAAGACAAGGUGUAAACCAAUUUGGUUCUAGCAGCUUAUGAAUCUUGUACCAUCUGAAGCUUCCUUGAAGGUUUGCUGGCUCAUUUAGAUGUACAAUACAACUCUGGACCUACUGUCGGUGCACCUUCCUCCGUUGUAGCCCUAAUAAAGAGCAUUCAGAGUUCUCUAUGUGUCA